AAUUCGAUGUUAUCGUAAGCCCGAAGCGGGUGAAAUCAUUCAAGUGGAUAGUGAAUAUUGAACAUGCGACCCUCGAAGGCCUCAAGAAAUUCAUACGUGCAAUAUACCAAACACCAGCUGAAAAUGAAGGAGCAGUGUUCAACCUAGUAAGCGAUAGUGGAAAAUACUCACCUCGAAGAGAUCAAGACCUUUGUAAAACACUCCAGCUACUCGUGUCAAAGAAUGACCUCAAGUUUACCGUCUUCAUAGAGACUCCCUCAAAAGCAUUCUCAGAUUGGACUCUUGGUUCA